AUAAAUCAUCGUGAAAAAAACUUUUGAUGUGAAUAUUACGAAGAACCAAUAGUCAUAUGUCUGAUUAGAGGUAGGUACCUAAUUGCAUGUUUUAUCAAUCAUGACCGAACUCUUACAGAAGGUGGUUGUAUUAACAACUCUUUUCAUUUUGGUGCAUUCAGAAAGUGUCGCUAAGAUCCUGAGUUACAAGAAUGAUUUGACAAAGGAUGGUUAUGAUUUCGCAUUCGAGUCAAGCGAUGGCAUCAAAAGAUCAGAACAUGGUGAGGUAUCGCCUGACGGAAAAGAAGGUGCCCUGAACGUGAUGGGAGAUUAUUCUUAUAUCUCUCCAGACGGAACUCCAGUUCACGUCUAUUACGUAGCAGGAGAAGGAGGAUAUAGACCGAAAGUUAUGAUUGGACAAAUAGCUAGACCACCUCCACCACGACCAGCAUAUUUCGAACCAACAAUAACAUCUUCGUCACCCAGACCAACAUUUCCAACCAUCACAACUUCAUCACCAACAAUCUAUCGAACAACAUCGACACCUUUCCGACUACCCACAAGACCACCUCACAUACCAUCAGCUGCAAGGAAUUCGUUGAUAGGAGGUGGUAUUGAUGUAUUGGACAAGGAUUUUUUGUAUAUGAUGAUGCCAAAAUUCGCAUAUCGGCCAUUGAUCAUGAAUAUGCAUGCGAAAUUUCCAAUGAAAAUCCUUCCUGCAAUACGCAGAAAUCCUCAUCUUCCUCCUAAUGUCUAUAACCUUUUAUAGAUCGUAGAGGGUGAUUCUUCAAUUAACGUGCAAUGUAUUUCGUUCAGUUUACAUACAAAAGUAAAAUGUUUUGCAUUUUU